AUUCAAGCAAAAGUUUCAAAACCUUUGUCUAAAGCAAAACUUUUAUCAAAAGUAUUAAAAGCAUCUAAAUCUUUCUCAAAAAAUGUAUCUAAAUCUUUACAAAAAAAUUCUUUAAAAAAACUAUCAUUUUAUUAUUAUGAAGAUGAAGAUGAGGAUAAAAAUGAGGAUGCAAAUGAGAAUACAAAUGAGGAUACAAAUGAGGACGAAGAUGAUGAACUAUGUCAAAAUUACU